CGAAAAUGCCUUGCUUGAACAUUUCGACGAACGUUAAUCUUGAUGGCGUCAACACAUCUGCCAUCCUCUCUGAAGCCUCCUCUCAGGUCGCCAAAAUCAUCAAGAAACCUGAGUCUUAUGUGAUGAUUGUGUUGAAGGGCUCGGUUCCAAUUUCAUUUGGAGGAACUGAGAAGCCAGCAGCUUAUGGUGAAUUGGUAUCUAUUGGUGGCCUUAGCAGUGAUGUGAACAAGAAACUGAGUUCUGCAAUUUCAACUAUUCUUGUGUCAAAGCUGUCGGUGCCCAAGUCCCGGUUCUUCCUCAAGUUUUAUGAUGUCCAGCGCUCCCACCUUGGUUGGAAUGGUUCCACCUUCUAAAUCCAGCUUCUUGCCUGACUUGCCAUCAGACUUUGACACCACGCUUUCAGACAGAUGCGUCUUUGGUGCUUUGCGGUUGUAGAAACCUCAUCUAAUUAGUAGGAUAUUUCUGUUUCCGUCUAGGGUUAUGGCAUGGAGAACGUGAAUGCUUUUAAACUGUGCCUCUUUUAUGGGAAAACCAUGUUUUUAAUUGCUUGAAAUCUAACCUAAAUAACUGUUUAGUCAUUGAUGGAUGUUCUGUGACAUGCAUAUUUAGACUUCGCAUCUUCAUAUGAUCUCAAACUAGUUAUUGAUUCUUGUUCAGACUGUUCAGCAUAAAUCUUGUUAACCCUACAACGAAGAGAACUCGGACAUUGGAUU